AUGAUUUUAUCACUUUCUGCAUGUUUACAUGUUUAUAGUUGUAGAAGAGAUUCAGAUUCGGAUCAUAAUUUGGAUGAAAUUGUUGUUGCGCAAUUGUCACCAAUCCAUUAUUGCGAUAACGGCGAAGCAUCAACAUCGACAGGUCAACGGCAUCAGUUGCCAAUUGAUGAUAAAGGAACUGUAAUUAAAAUCAGCAGCUUCGAUGAGUCAACAUCAUCGCAUCAUAUCCUGCAAAAGCAAUCAAGCAAUCCUCAAUGUAGCCAACAAUCAUUAGAUCCAUCAUCAGCCUAUAAGAAUUCGAAAACUCGACGAACUGAAUAUUCAAUGCGGGGAAUAAAAAUUGGAUGCAGCAAUCCAUCACAGGAUUCAGCAUUUGGGUCAAUGACCGAUGGUGAACUUUCACAUGCAUCGAGUUUUAAGUUAAGUAGCUUUCAAUCCGUUUCAUCACCAAUAGAUGAAGGUGUUGAAGAUAUAAAUGAAGAUAAGAACAGAGACAAUAGCAUAAGCACUAUAGCAAGUAGUUUGAAGUUCAUUGACUCAAACAGUUCUUGUUCAUCGCCAUGUCCCGAUAAAUUCACACAAUCACUUAAUGAUCUUGACAUUGCCGGUCCAUCAAACAUUAAUCCACUACAUGUGACAAAUAUACGUGAAACUUGCAUCUUUCUUGAUCCACCAAAACUUAUUGUCAACGACGAUUCAACUGGAAAUUAUAUUUACACAUCAUCGCCAAUUAGAAAAUGUGCAACAACUGAAGUCUUCUCACAAAAGUAUCGUGUAUCAUCAUUUGAAGAUAUGGCAUUAAAUAGCAAUCAUCUAAAGCAUCAAGUCAAUAAGAAAGCAUUUAGAUCAUUUGAAGAAGAACAACGAAUUGAAUCAGCAUUUACACCGAUUAAGUCGUCUGGCGAAAAGGUCCUUGAGCUGCCCAUAAAACAUUUUACUUCGACAAUGACGGGGAGAGAACGAAGCAUUUUAUGGAAAGAUAGCUUUUUGAAGUGCAAUAAAAAUAAUCUUACAAUCAAAUCUAAAGAGUCAAUCUGUGAGUUGGAGACGGAUGAUGCUAAGGAAGCAUGCGGAAGUCAGCAAGCAACGAUAGUUAAAGCAGAUUCUAAUGAAGAUAAUAAUGAUGACGAUAAUGAUGAUGAUGAUGAGACGAGUAUUGAAUAUUCAAGUGCAAGUAUAACAGCUGAAAUGUCAUCGACCCAAUCAUCACGUCGUGCACGCUCUGAUCGACUCUCAUUCAGUCUCGCAAGAUUUAAGCAAAAUGCAAUCAUUGAAAGUGUCGCUUUGGAUACCCUUUCAGAAAGUAGUAAUUCGAAAGUAAAGAAACAUUCAAAUUCAAGUUCUUCGAAUGACGAAUCGAAUGUUGAUAACACAACAAUCACAUCGACAACGAAUGAUGAAUGCAAUAGUGAAGAAGAAUGUAGUAGUUUAACAGAAUCAUUGCUCAAAACGCCAUCGAUUGAUGAUGUAAGGAAAUUUGUCAAAAGCUUUGAAUCUGAGGAAGGUUCAGGCUCAGUUGGUAACAGUGAAGAAGCGCCACUUCUUGGUAUUGAAAUGUUGUCAAUAAGCUCAUCAACCGAACCGGAAUGA